AUGGGAAAGGGAAUUCACCUGCCGGCGUCUCUUAGGUCGUUCCUCUACCGACAGAUCACCGUCAUCACCGUCGGAUCGGUGGUGGUAGGAACCGCCUUCGGCGGCUGGCAGAGCUACACGACGCGUGUGGCCGAUGAGAACAUGCGUCAGAUCCGUUUCAAGCAGGCCGAGAAGGAGGCGCGCAUCUCGCACACUCUCCUCACCAAGGGCGGACUCAAGAAGGCCCUCGAGGAGCAGGGUUUCGACAUGGGCUUCUACGAGGUCGAUGAGGCCGAUGAGGAGGAGAUCCAGUAA